AUGGGUUCCUUAAUGCGCAAGAGCACCACCAGCAACAGCAACAACAGCAGCAGCAACCCAAACAACAGUAAAAACAAAGCAUCAGUUGGCUAUCAACUCUUUAUGUAUCAGGAGGAGCUGCGCCGCGGCAGUACACGUGGUCUAAGCGUCGCCAAAUCGAAGAUAUCUCUCACUGAGUCCUUAAUACGCGAGAACGUGCAGAAUUUAAACAACCGCAGCGACGAAGAUCUGCGCAUCAUAAGCCGAGAAAUGUCAUUCAAGAAGCAUCUGCAGAAGCAAGUGUCACGUUAUUCAAAGCUUAUCAAAUUGGCAAUGGGCGUAGAGCAGAAGGCCAUUAAAGAUUCUACGUCUAUUAGCAGUACAGCGGUACAUUCGCGAGUGAAGUAG